CCUCGGGGGGUGGCCGCCGCUCGGGAGGGUUCGGGUGCCUCCUUGGGGGGCGCCGCUCGGCCGGGUUCGGGGGGCCUCCCCGUCCCAUUCGCGAACCCGCCAUGCUGGGGUGCGGAUGUGCGCGGCUUCGGGCGCUGCUGAGGGAGAGCCCUGGGUUGCGGUACUCGGCCGGAGCAGCCUCCCGGGUGUCCGCCGCCGCUGACGACCGGCUGCCCGUCAUUCGCGUCCCUCAGAAGGUGCGGUUGCGGCUGCAGGAGAAGCCGGGGCGGGCGGCGGGGAACGAGGCGGCGGCGGUGAGGUUGGCCAGGCCCGGGCGCCUGCUUAUCGCGGCCAAGCGGCCUCACCUGAACCAGCACGCCGGCCACACUUUCGGCAAGUUCGACCGGGUGCCCCUGGUCUCCAAGGGCUGGAAGCACAGGAAAGCGGCCGGGGAUUACUUUGUCAUCAACAACACCCGCACCCAGCCGCCGGUCCUGCCCGAAGAGGAGGAGGAGGGGGUCAGGGGAAAGGUGCGAAGCUUCAGCUCGCUGGGGCUGUGCGAAGAGUUGCGGAACGCCCUGGACAGGAUGGGCAUCUCCCGCCCCACCAAGGUGCAGGCACAAACCAUUGCAGCCCUGAUGAGAAGGAAGAACGUGCUGUGUGCCGCCGAGACCGGCAGCGGCAAGACUCUGAGCUACCUGCUGCCUUUAAUGCACACCUUAAUCUCCGAGGGCCGGGAGGCGACGGAGGACGACCGGCAGGGGCCGCGUGGACUGGUGCUGCUCCCGUCCCGGGAGCUGGCUGACCAGGUCCGGCAAGUGGCUCGAUCGCUGGCAUCCAACUUAAACCUCAACGUGCACACGAUCGGGGGAGGCCGUGGGAUUGGCAGCGUGAAACGAACCCUAUCCUCGGGACAGAUCGACCUCCUGAUAUCCACACCCGGAGUCCUGUGGAAGGCCUUGAAAAGAGACUUUAUCAGUCUCCAUGACUUGAUCUACCUCGUACUGGAUGAGGCGGACACUCUGUUCGAUGAAAGCUUUGUGGCGUUACUGGAGGACAUACUCCACCAGACCCAAAUCGCUUCAAACGUCUCUGAAACCCAUGGGGUGGAAAGGAAAGCUCAGUUGGUGGUGACAGGGGCAACGUUCCCGGGUGGUGUGGGAGAACUUCUCAGCAAAGUCACCGAUUUAGGCAGCAUUGCCACCAUAAAGAGCAAGGGGCUUCAUUACCUCAUGCCACACGUGAAGCAGAAAUUUAUGAAAGUGAAGCGUGCUGAUAAAGUGUCUGACUUCCUGAAAAUGUUGAAGGAGCUACUUGCAGAAAGACCUGGCAUUGGAAUUCUUGUGUUUUGCAACAAUGCAGCAACAGUUAAUUGGCUUGGUUAUGUUUUGGAGGACCACGCUGUCAAACACUCCCGGCUGCAGGGGAAUAUGCAAGCUGAAAAGCGAAGUGGCAUCUUUUGUACUUUUCAGCAGGGUCUGAUAGAUGUACUACUUUGCACAGACAUUGCAUCCAGGGGAUUGGACACUCAGAGGGUGGAAAUUGUAAUUAAUUAUGAUUUCCCACCAACUCUGUGUGAUUAUAUCCAUCGAGCGGGGCGGGUGGGACGUGUUGGGAGCAAGGUUUUGGGUACUGUCGUUAGUUUUGUUACACAUCCCUGGGAUGUUGAACUGGUCCAGAAAAUUGAAACUUCAGCACGCCAAAAAGUGAUACUCCCUGGCAUGGAAUCCAAAAUCAGCGAACCUGUGAGGAAAAAUGUACCAGAAUUAUGAAAAUACGAGAAUUGAGAUCCUCAGAGUGACAAAUACAAGUAAUCACUGUACCAGUUUUUGUAAGUUUGGUUUUUGAAGUAAACUGCUUAAAUUGUUUGCAAAAAAAAUGAACUUGUGAUUCUUGGAGGAGACGAGGCACUGCUUUGCCUUAGAAAGUAGGAAAUCAUAUUCAUUGAGACCAUGAGUCUCAUGUAGUCCUGAGGGUGCAAUGCAUUGUCUUGUAAGUGAGAUGUUAACUGGGGUGGGGGGGGGCUUUGUCCAUUCUGCCCUCCCAGUUGAGGCAAAAACAGAUCCAUGACUAUUUCAAAGGUGAUCAGGGAUUCCUCCCAGGUGUCCUGCUCGACAUUUUGCCUUUCAAUAUUGUCUUAUUAUUAUAUUGCUUUUUGGGUGAAUUUGUUGUGCACAAAUUGGCCAUAAAAUAUUUUGUGAAAUCUUAAGGUAAUGAAAGCUGCUGUUUAAGUAUCUUUAUUUUUCUCAUGGUACUUUCAGAGUAGUUGGUCAGAUUCGUGUCUCGGUACUGGGGGCAGCAACCAAUGAACAAGCCAGUUGGUUAGAGUCAGAGUUCAGAUUCAGCAGUUGGUUUCCAAUGUGGUGUAUUUCCUGAAGAAUCCCUUUGCUCAGGUGAUCUCUUUUCCUUUCACUUUAUACAUGCUUGUGAACUUAUUCCUUUUUUUCCUCCUCCUGUUCCAUUCUCUCAAUUUAGAAUGGAAGAGAUGGCAACAGUGGCACUUGUGUGACCGUUGUUCCGUUCUGAUUCUGGAAAGAAUUUGUGUUUAAGGGGUGACCAUGAUUAUAUUGUUGCACAAUUUGCAUUCAUUAGGAAUGUCCUUUUGCCAUUGAAAGAGCUGCAAACUCACAAUGAUUCGCAAACUCACAAUGAUUCACAAACUCACAAUAUUGUCACCUCUUAAUCUAUAAAUGGCCUUGCAUCAUCAGAAGCCUUUCUAAUGGACCUUUCUUUGAGAUGGUAUUAUUUGCAUGACCAUAUUUUGCAUUCCUGUUAAUUGGGUUGAUGUUUAAAAUUUUGCUGAUUUUAUCAAUUCCUUAUUACAUAAUUAUUUUCAUACUUAU